AUGUCUCCUUCUGUGGACAAGUCAGGCGAUCUCCGUGGGUUCAAGUCUCUGGCAACACUUAUUGUGCCUUCACUUUUGUUUGCCCUGUUGAUGUUUCAGAUCUAUAGCUGCCGCAGCAGAUUAAAACUCAGAAACUCAUAUCUGUUGGAGUCACUACCACCUGGCUCUGACUGGGUCUGGGAUUCCCUGAGUGCAGGUCACAGUUCCAGGUUUGAAGAUGUUUCUAGCCAGACACCGGAUUCAGGAAAAUCUAAACCAGAGAUAAAUGCUUCCUAUGACCAGACACAUAAUUAUCAUAGAUCAGUGUUGCUUCCUGGAAUCCCCUCGCUGACUGUCCACUACGUGUGGUGUACUGAGGGCUACUUUGAACUGGGUCACUACCUGUCAAUUCUAAGUGUGAUCAAACAGUUGCAGCCAGACAAAAUUGUCAUUCACUACAGAAGUCAGCCCAGGGCAGACCCUCAAGGCUAUUGGAGGUGGUUAGAAGAUCUUCAGCGAAAUGUUGCGAUGUUAAGCAUGCGGCCUCUUUCCAAUUAUCGUAUUUGCAGACAUGACCUUUCUGCAGGUGUCACCUAUGAUCACUAUGAUUUUCCCGAUCCAUACGGAGUAUUUUUGCUUGGUGAUAUUGCCAUCAGCAACUUAACCCGUUCAGAUGUAACAGAUUUAAUCAAGAAAUCAUUUUCUCAGAGAGCAUCAGCGUCAUAUCUGAAAACAGUUCCUCCAGCGACGGAGGAAGAACUUCUGAAAAGUCAGGUGUUUCUUGUGUCGGACACAGAGCCCUACCACACAAGCCAGAGCCCCGGGAGGGUGGUGAUAACCUGCCCUGCUGUAUCAACUGUCAACAGUCUCAAACUGUAUGUCAAUGUCAGCUGUAUCGGCAUUAACUCUUAUUUAUCUUCCGAAGAACUGCUGAUACGAGAUAGCCGAUUUCACCGCUUUGCUCGUAGUGUCAUGUAUGGCUCACCUAAUGUAAUUAAUGCUCCCAUGUUUUCCAGUGUGCAGAUUCCUAACAGUAUUCACAUUAUACUUAAAGAUGGGGUUACACAAAUUACCCCUUUACUGUACCUCAGCAUUAAAAGUGCCUAUUUCAAGGGUAAAGUUGAUGAUGUCUUUGUCCAUGCAGCUACACCUCCAGCGGGGACUUUGUGGGACAGACUCCGAACAAGACAUGAACUCAAUGUUAAACACAUUCCAAUGCCUUCAUCUGAGGAGUUGAACACAAAACAUACAGCGAUGGCAUACGCGCUGUUCACUUUACUUCAGCAUGGUGGCAUUGCACACUUUGGUGACGUUGUCUUUCUGAAACCCAUUCCACUUUCACUGAGACAUGCCGGUGCCAUUGCCACUCCACACUAUAGUGAGUUUAGGUUAAGACACCAGUCUACAAAUACAGCAGUGUUGGCUGGAUCCAAGGGCUCUGUUUUUGUUGAAUCAUUUUUGGCAAGACUGAGACAAGAGGAUCUGAAAUCACCCGAUGUACGAGCUGAUGAUAUCGCUACACACACAAGGGAGAUACACCCUGAAUCUGUGCUGCUGGACUCACAGUUGACCUCGCAUCAGAAAUGUGACAAAGUUAGGUGCCAGGUAGUAGGCGGACACGGACAUCCAAAGCAGACGUACACGACUAGGUUAAUUUGGGAUGGGGAACAACCUGGCACACUUGACCAGCUCUUGCUUAUUGAGGGGCCUAUCAAAACUGAGAUUAAGGAAAUCAUUGAAAUAUCACAUUUUAUUCACCUAAACGCUGUGCCCUAG